CAAAAAGCCUUAACUACGCCGUUUCCAAGGACGCUUCGCCGGAAGUAUGGCUGCUGAUGGGAAAGUGCGAAAAAGUUCUCGGUUUUACGUCGGAGAGGUGAAGAAAAAUCUUCGUGAUGGAUAUGGCUUCUAUGUGUAUCCAAACAGUUUUUUUCGUUAUGAAGGAGAAUGGAAAUUGGGCAAAAAACAUGGGAAUGGAAAAUUGGUAAUGAAAGAUGGCAGUUACUACGAAGGAGAAUUUAAGGAUGGAGAAAUUAACGGGAAUGGCUUGCGAUAUUGGGCAUCCACAGGUAACACAUAUUCAGGACAGUUCUGCUUUGGAGAACUGCAUGGACAUGGUGUAAUGCAGUAUGGCAAUGGUGGGCAGUAUGAAGGAGAGUUCUCAUAUGGAUUAAGAGAGGGGCAUGGAUGUCUGUUUGACAAAGAAGGAAAUGCAUAUCAAGGCUCUUUUCAUAAGAAUAAGAAGCAUGGAGAGGGGCAGAUUGCUUACAGCAAUGGUGAUGUGUAUGAAGGUGACUGGAUUUUAGAUCAGCGACAAGGACAUGGUGUACUACGUUCAGCAGACAGCUCAAUAUAUGAGGGUCAGUGGAGGAACGAUCUGUUCAAUGGUCAUGGCACUAUGAUUCACAGCUCAGGCAUCAUCUAUGAAGGACAGUGGAUAAAUGGCCAGCCAGCCUGUUCAGCCACCAAGAUAGUAAUUGAAGGAGGUGAUGUUCUGGAGGUGUUCCAGGACUCUUCUUUCAAUGUUGAAGUCCAACUUCAAGAUGAUGAAGGACAGCUGAUUACAAAUGAGAAUGGACGGUUACUGAAAAUCUCUGCUGGAGUGCACUUUGUUGAAAACUCUGUCAGGUCCAGUUCUUCUGCCUUGCUUAGGCUGAUUGAAGACAUGGAGGAAAAGCCCAUGGUAACACCAUUGUAUGUUGUUGAUUUA